AUGGCUUUUUAUGUUGAUAAGAUUUUUAAUUUCAUUUUUAGGUAGUAUUGAAAAUAUAUUUUUAGGUGAAGAGAGUUAAUUUUUAUUUGACGGUUGAGGGGGCACUUGUUGAUUGGGUGGAGGAGGAUCUUGGUGUAAAUUUUUUAGUGGCUUUUUUUAAUUAUUUGAUGGUGAUGUAGCAGAAAUUUCUUGAAUGUUUAUAGGUUUUGUUUAAGUGUCUUACUCAUCAUUUAGUGAUGGAGCGGUAAUAGUUUGAAUGCUUACAGGUUUUGUUUAAGUGUCAUACUCAUCAUUCGGAGAUGGAGAUGGAGCAAGAUUUGUUUUAAUAUAUACAUGCUUUAUUGAAGGGAUAUACCUAACUUUAGUUGGUUCAAUUUGUACAGGCUUUGGUAAAGGCUUUUAUUCAGGUUCAUUAAUAUGAUGUUUUUAAAGUGAAGAAUCAUUAUGAUGUUUAUUUUUAUUAGUCGGCGGAGGUAGCGGAGGAUUUUGUUUAUUAAAUUGAGAAGGCUAUGAAUUAUUGA